GUUUAAACUCUUGGUAAUUUAUUAUUUAAAGCCAAAAUAUUCAAAUUAUUUAUACAAAAUGUUAAAUCAUAUGUCGAUUUUUUACAGACCCUGAAGAUGGAUUCCAAGAAUCCGAAAUAUAUCGGUUAAAAAAUUGAGAUUUACGUUUUUUCAUUUCGGAACGAAAGUGGAGGCAACACAAACAUUGCACUUGUGUGCUGUCAUUAAGUCGUUUGGACGGAUUCCACGUGCCAGUUGUUUACAUUCUCGUGUCAGAAAAAGUGAAGAGACAUACAACUCAAUUUUUCGAGCAAUUUUGAAUUUGGAACCAGCCAUCAAUCCGAAGAUGUCGUCAUUGAUUUUGAGUUGGCCGCGCUCAAUGCGGUGCUGCUUUUUUCAUUUUUCUCAGAACAUUUGGCGCCACAUUCAAUUGGUUGGCCUGCAAAGGAUUCACAACGAAGACGCUGAAUUCGCUUUCCAGCUAAGAUUGUUGAUCGCAUUGGCAUUUUUACCGAGCGGCAGCAUUGUUGAAGCGUAUGAGGAGCUUGCUGACACUGAUUUCUACGAUGGAUCAAAUGAACACAAAGACACAAUUGAACAAUUGCUUACGUAUUUCCAACAAACGUUUCUGUUCGCAUUCGAUAAGAACGGAAAACGGAAAGCACCCCGCUUCCCUCCGGAAUUGUGGAGCGUUUACAAAAUUAUGUUGUCUGGUUUUACAAAGCACAAUUACCAUGCGGAGGGGUGGCACAAUCGAAUGGCUCAAUUUAUGGGCGUGCACCCAAGUAUUUUCAAGUUUUUUAGUGGAAUAAAAAAUGAACAAGACCUUCAAGAACUGGAAAUGGCGCGCAUUGAAGCAGGAGCAGAUCCAGCUGUAAGAAAGGCUGCUUACGUCAAAAGUGAGAAACGGCUCGUUGAGCUUGUGAAGAAAUUUGAUGCAAAUAUUCACGACGGAUCGUUUCUACCGUAUCUACAUUCGAUCGCACACAAUGAACGUUUUUAAAAACAACAGACAAUGCAAUCCAACGUAAUUUAUUUAUUUUUUUUGAACUAAGUUUGACCGAAACAUCAAAAUGAUAAACCAUUCGUUAUUUACGUAUAUUUCUUUCAACAAAAAAUCAUAGUUUAACUCGAGAAUUUAAGUCAUUUUUAUGCGAUUUAGCGAAACAAGUCCAGAAACUAUUUUGCUUGAAUUGAACACAAAAAAAACA